UUCAUCAUUUUCUGCUCUUUUCUUUCCCUUGUCUCCCCUUUGUCCCUUUUACUUUAUUCUCUUGUCUACCAAUAUCUCUCUGCCGUUCUUCUUAUUCUUGUUGCUGUUGCAGAGAAUAAAUUCUGUUUUUUUUUUCAGCUUAAUUUCAUGGCGGUUAUGCCUGAAAACUCCACUUGUUUAGAGCUCACCAUUUCUAUUCCUGGCUCUUCUUCUUCCUCAUCUUUCCCUUCUUCUGGUGAAGGGGGUGGUUAUAAUUUGAUGAGAGAGCUGGAUAUAAAUCAGGUGCCCUCAAGUGGAAAUAUAAAUGAAGAAGAAAUUAGCAUUGAAGAAGAAGAAGAGAGCUGUAAUAUUAAUGUAGUAAAUGGUGGCCGUACAAGAAAGAAACUCCGUUUAACAAAAGAACAGUCUUUUCUUCUUGAAGAAAGUUUCAGACAAAACCACACAUUGAACCCUAAACAAAAGGAAGCAUUGGCCAUGCAAUUAAAGCUUAAGCCAAGACAAGUGGAGGUUUGGUUUCAAAACCGUAGAGCAAGGAGCAAGCUGAAGCAAACGGAGCUGGAAUGUGAGUACUUAAAGAGAUGGUUUGGAUCAUUGACCGAACAAAACCGAAGACUGAAAAAAGAAGUGCAGGAAUUAAGAGCCAUGAAAGUAGACCCGCCAACAGUGUUAUCACCCCACAGCUGCCAGCCGCGCCCCGCAUCCACCCUCACUAUGUGCCCUCAUUGCGAACGCGUUACUGCGACUAUUAUCAAAGACGAAUCCAAAAUUUAAAAUUAGUGAAUUAUCCUUUUUUAAUAUAUAUUUUAUAUUUUGUUUUUG